CUAGGUAUUUACUUUGAAACGAUAUAAAAUUGCGGUACGAGCUUAGAUGAAGUUAUUUAUGUAACUACCUAGGUACUAUUUUUAAUAACUCGCUCGGCAAGCACCUAUAGAAAAAUUUAUCAGUGUUUAAAGUAUGGAUCGAUUUGUUAACAAAGUGGCUGUGGUGACUGGAAGUAGUGCAGGAAUUGGAGCAGCUAUUUCUAAAGAGCUCUUGAAACAUGGAAUUAUUGUGGCUGGAUUGGCGAGACGUAUGAAUAAACUUCAAGAACUGGCGAAUGAAGUGAAGGAUUCUGAACAAUACAAGGGUAAAUUUCAUCCCGUCAAGUGUGACAUCACUAAUGAAGAUGACAUAAAAUUAGCGCUCAAAUGGGUAUUCGAAAAUUUGGGUCCAGUCCACAUACUUGUGAACAAUGCUGGUGUUUUGUCGAGCACCUAUUUAGCUGAUAUUACAUCGGAACUGAUCGAUGAUUCGUACAAUACAAACGUCAAAUCAGUUUUAUUGGUCAGCAAAGAAGUCAUUAAAAAUAUGGUGGAGAAUUCCGUCGAAGGUCAUAUAAUAAAUAUCAACAGCGUCGUUGGACAAGUCAUACCAAAGGUUGAACCAAAUCUAUACAUAUUGUACGUCAGCACAAAACAUGCUCUUCGUGUAAUUUCGGAAGGUUUAAGACGAGAAAUGAUCGGAAAGAAAACAAACAUCAAAGUAACGAAUCUAAGUCCUGGUUUGGUGGCCACUGCAAUGACAGGAGGAUUAGAUAUUCCACCGGAGAUGCGUAGCUCCACAUUGCAGCCAGAAGACGUGGCAGAUGCUUUAAUAUCCGUAUUGAAUACCGCUCCUCAUGUAACCAUAUCAGAAUUGACGGUGCAGCCUCUCAAUUUUUCAGCUUAGUUUCUUAGCUAUCAUUCGAAUUUAGUGAUUUGAUAAAGUUAAUUUUAUUGUGAAUUGGUAUCAUUUAUUCUAAAAGUAUUUUUUCCAGUCUCUCUUGAAAAUUUUUCACAAGUUUCAUCAAGCGUUGUACUUUCUCUCCUUAAUUUUUAUUUCACUUUUAACUGAAAACGCUGAUCGAAGAUAUUUCAUCUUUUUAUUAAUAUGUAUGCUUCAGUUUACUUGUUUUAUCUAUUAAUAUAGAUAUAUUUCUUAAUGUACUUACCGAUCUUAAUUAAUAAAUAUUUCAAAAAAAUAAA